GGGUGUAAACAUUUUGAAAUAUGAUUUUUUUUUUACGUUAAAUGCUUUAUAUUUGUGAACGUCAUGAUAGGAUUUUGCCCAUAAGAGAACAUACUUCAGAAGUUAAUGUUCUUGUUUUAGCUAUGAUUAGGAUUAGUGAGGAAAUGUAGGGGUCAUGACUGUUCUUAGUGGAGUAAUGUUGGUGCAUGUAAAUGUAUGGUUACAUAUGGCUUCUCUGUCAUAAACCAAAAGUCAUUAUUCCUGCUUUUAUAACUAUUUUUUUUUUAUUUUCAGUUGCGAAAGUGACAUGGUUUGAUAUCAGAAUGACUGGGAAGGAUCCUGUCUUCGUAACAGCAUGACGUUCUUUCUGAAAAUAUUUAUCUUGUGCACACUUGCCAAAAUAAAAGAAAUCCAAAUGAUAACAGUAAGCAACAAACAGGUGACGGUAACAUUCCACGAUUAUGACCGGUCUUGGAACGAGGCAGAAAAAAUCUGCGAGAACGGUGGAGGCACACUAUAUGUAGAGGAUUCCACAGAGAGAACUACUGUUCUCGAAAAGUACAAGACUUAUUGGAAUAUAAACGAAGAUGCAUGGAUAGGUCUUCACUAUCCAGCCGCUGGUACAAGCGAUGUCUUCGCCUGGACUAAUUGUUUCUGGCUAGAAUACAGAAACUAUAAAGAUAAUGCUGAACCCAAAGAUACAAGCAAAAUGAAAUGUGUUCAGUCGGAUAAAAAUGGUAUAGGCUGGAAAACACAUCAGUGUGACCAUGACCACAGAUUUGUGUGUGAGAAACUAGGAGAUGACUGUUUGUUUAACAGAAGAACUGGAGUUCCUACUAAAACCAUAGAUUUUACAUUGGUUACCAUGACAACACUUGAUAAAGAUGCGUGCGAAUCAAAAUGUCUGGUCAAAACAGAAAACAAUCGCAAUUGCUGGGGUCUAAAUUUCUACUCCGCACUCGGGUCAAACUACUGUGCUUUAUAUUUUGCCGACGAUCCGUUCUAUUUUACUGAUUCGGCAACGUAUGACACAAGCUCCACUGACAUGUCCAUAAAAAUAUGCUAUUCAAAGACAUUAGACACAGCAGACGAUACAUCGGUUGGUGAAGACAAUAGCGCUACACCAACUGAGAUUUGUUCUCCUUACACUGAUCAAACAACAACUACUACCGUACCAACAACAACAUCGACAACAACAACUGAAGCACUCACAACUACAACCGCCGCCCCUACAACUACAACCGCGGCACCAACAACUACACCCGCGGCCCCUACAACCACAACCGCCGAACCAACAACUACAACCGCGGCCCCUACAACUACAACCGCCGCACCAACAACUACAACCGCGGCCCCUACACAUACAACCGCGGCACCAACAACUGCGGCCCCUACAACUACAACCGCGACCCCUACAACUACAACCGCCGCACCAACAACUACAACCGCCACACCAACAACCGCGGCCCCUACAAUUACAACCGCGGCCCCUACAACUACAACCGCCGCACCAACAUCUACAACCGCCGCAUCAACAGCAACCGCAGCACCAACAACUACAACCGCGGCACCCACAACUACAACCGCUGCAUCCGCCACUAAAACUGCCGCCCCUUCAACUACAACCGCCGCACCAACAACUUCAAGCACAGCAACAGAUGCUAUAACGUCUACAUCUUCAGCUUGUACAUGCGGAUGCUCAGAUUUGUCUAAAUUUAUAGGUGAUUACAAGUCUGAUCCGGCAUGGUUAAAUAUGACUACAGAAGAAAAGGUUGAAUAUCUUGUUGUUAAACUACGAGUAGACAAAACUAAACUUUCUGCAACUGUCAGAAAGAAAACAAGUGCUCAAGAUAACAGGGUGGUUGCUAAAUCCGUAGGUUAUGUUGCCAUCGCUUUUAUUUGUAUAGUGUUCGGACUAAUGUUUGUUUCGGAUGGAAUCAGGUUUUUUAAAUAUAUCACACAGGAAAAAGUCUUUUCAUCAAAAUCCGUCGACCAUUUAGAGGAAGAAGAUUCGGCACUAUAACAAAGAUUCUAUAUUAUCAUUUUGAAUGUGAUAGGAUAUCAAUCUUUUAAAUAAAAGGUUGUUUGGUAAUAGGGAAACCCGUUAUCGUAAUGCCUGCAACAGAACCUGUUGUAUUUCAAUAAAACAAACAUAUUUGUCAAGUCAACAUAGCCUUUUGUUACCUAAAGUUAUUUAAAAACAAUUUUGAUAAUACUUGGACUUUGUCCAGUCACCAAUUUCACAAAGCCAACAUAUAAUCAUAAGACAACAGCUUUGCAUUCCCACUAUCUAAUAACAGGAUAUCACCUCCGCAACUUCAACCUAUGAUUACAGGAAAUCAGCUCUGUAACUUCAACAUUAUGACUACAAGAUAGCAGCUCCACAAAUUCAGUAUACGAUUACAGGAUAUCAGCUCCACAAUUUCAAUAUACGAUUACAGGAUAUCAGCUCUACAGCUUCAACGUAUGAUUACAGAAUAUCAGUUUCCGUAACUUCAAUAUACGAUUAAAGGAUAUCAGAUCCACAACUUCAACGUAUGAUUACAGAAUAUUAGUUUCCACAACUUCAAUAUACGAUUACAGGAUAUCAGCUCCACAACUUCAAGAUACGAUUACAGGGUAUCAGCUCCACAACUUCAACGUAUGAUUACAGAAUAUCAGUUUCCGCAACUUCAAUAUACGAUUACAGGAUUUCAGCUCCACAACUUCAACAUAUGAUAACAGGAUACCAGCGUCAUAACUCCGGCAUAUGAAUACAGGACGUCAGCUUCACAUGUUGUCUUGAGAAAAUCGAUCUUAUUCGUAGGAAAUAUCUGUUUGUGACAAAGUACAUUCUUACUAUUAAGAUUUUGAUAAUUUAUAUUUCCAUCUUUUUUUCUGAAAGUUCACUUUUUGUACUUUAGAGAUAAAGAAAUAAUGGAAGGAAAGGUAUUUGUAAAACGUGUACUGUACUAUCGUAAGAUAUAAUGGCAAAUCUGAAUCUCUUUAAGUGGAUUUGGAGCAGAUCUAUAGUUACGGUAUGUGAUUGGUCAGUAUGGCACAAUUAUUUUCA